UGUGCGGACCGGGCGGGGGCCGGAAGUGGCGGGGCCGCUAUGGCGGCGCCCGGAGCCCCCGGGCCGGGCCCUGCCCCGGGCGCUGUGCCGGGCUCUGCCUCGGGAUCUGCCCCGGGAUCUGCCCCGGGAUCUGCCCCGGGAUCUGCCCCGGGCGCUGUCCUGGGCCCUGCUCCGGGGUCGCUCCCGCCUCCUGCCCCGGCGUCGCUCCCGCCGCCGGUGCCGCUGCCGCCCACCGUGCUGAUGGCGGCGCGGGCUCAGCUCGCCGCUCCCUCUCUCCUCCUGCCCGCGGCUGCCGCCGGUGCCGCGCUCCGCCUGCAGCUCAGCGUGGAACCGGCCCCCGGCGGCCGCCGCCGCUUCCGCCUCGGGAUGAGGCUGCCGGAGGCGGGGGGGGGCGCGCCCCUGGCGGAAUUCGACCUGCGGGACGUGUCCUACCGCGUGCGGGGCCCCGCGAGCCACGAGCUGGAGCUGCCGGGACCGGGAGCGGGAGCGGGAUCGGGGACAGCAGCGGAGACAGCACCGGGCACGGUGACGCUGUGGUUCCCCGAGGAGCGGGAGGCACAGCAGUGGUGGACGGUGCUGAGCAGCUCCCUCAGGGAGGCCCGGAGAGCCUCGGAGUGCCCAGUGACAGCCCCGGGGGACACGGGGACAGCCCCGGGGGGCACGGGGACAGCCCUGGAGGCCCCGCCCCCAUCCCUGCCCACGCCAGACCCAGAGCAGGACCUGGAAGAACUGCAGACCCUGGAGCUGGCAGAGAGAGAGGAGCUGUGCCUGCGCCUGGCCGAGGCCAUCGCGGGGGGGGACGAGGCGGUGGCGGCGCAGAGCGCGGUGGCCCUGGCGCGGCACCACACGGAGCUCAGCGUCAGCCUGAGGGACACCAACUACCCCGGGGGGGAGCUCAGCAUGGCUGUGUGGGUGGAAGAUGCCACGUCCUCGGCCAACAUCACCCUGCGGGUGCGGCCCCACGUCACCAUCGGCACCCUCAAGGAGCAGGUGUUCCAGGAGCUGGGUUUCCACCCGCGGGUGCAGCGCUGGAUCAUCGGGCAGUGCCUGUGCGCGGACGGGCGCUCGGUGGGCUCGUACGGGGUGCGUCGGGAUGGGGACCCCGCCUUCCUGUACCUGCUGUCAGCGGGGGUGGCGGGGCUGAGCCGCGAGGAGCAGGCCCAGGCGCUGCUGCGGGCCCUGCCCGGGGACGGCGCCGCCGGGGAGCCCCACAGGGCCCACGCGGGGCCUUCGUCGCCUCACAGGGCUCCCUGCCCUGACUCCCCGGUGCCCCCAGGCCGUGUCCCCGAGCCGGGGGAUCGUAUGGACAUCGGGACGAUCCGGCAGCACCUGGACUCGCUGCAGCUCCAGGACGGCACCGGGACCCCUCCUGGGACCCCCGCACUGAGACCGCCCUCCCCUGAGCAGGGCUGGCCGUGCCCCACGUGCACGUUCAUCAACAAGCCCACGCGCCCGGGGUGCGAGAUGUGCAGCUGCGCCCGCCCCGCGGGGUACCGGGUACCGGGGGGGCACCAGCCCGACCCCGCCGAGAGGCAGCGCCUGCAGAGGGAGCGGGACGGGGCACGGCAGUGCCAGCAGGCUCUGGAGGCCGAGCGGCAGCAGAACUUCCAGCAGCUGCUGCGGGCGGAGGAGUCGGAGCUGGUGCCGAACCCGGAGCCUCUGGAAUGUGGGAUCUGCCUGCAGGACGUGCCGGCCGGGCAGGGGGUGCUGCUCCGGGACUGCCUGCACAGCUUCUGCAGGGAGUGCCUGCGGCAGGUGAUCAACUACAGCGAGGAGCCGCUGGUGGCCUGUCCCUUCCGCGACGCCACCUACACGUGUGACAGUCACCUGCAGGAGCGCGAGAUCCGCGCGCUAGUGUCCCCCGAGGAGCACCGGCGGUUCCUGGAGCGGGGCCUGGCCCUGGCCGAGCGGCGCAGCCGGAACAGCUUCCACUGCCGGGGCCGGGACUGCCCGGGCUGGUGCUUCUACGAGGACGCGGUGAACGAGUUCCCGUGCCCCGUGUGCGGGGCCCUCAACUGCCUCCUGUGCAAGGCCAUCCACGAGGGGCAGAACUGCCGGCAGUACCAGGACGAGCUGCAGCUGCGGGCGCAGCACGACGCGGCCGCGCGGCAAACCAGCGACAUGCUGCAGACGCUGGUGCAGCGGGGGGAGGCCAUGCACUGCCCCACGUGCCGCAUCGUGGUGCAGAAGAAGGACGGGUGCGACUGGAUCCGCUGCACCGUGUGCCAGACCGAGAUCUGCUGGGUCACCAAGGGGCCGCGCUGGGGGCCGGCGGGCCCCGGGGACACCAGUGGCGGGUGUCGCUGCAACGUCAACGGGCAGAGGUGCCACCCCCGGUGCCAGAACUGCCACUGACCCCCCUGGGCCACCCCCGUGGGGACGGGGACGGGCACAGGGACCCCCGGGGACACCGAGGGACAGACGGAGCCGGGCCGGGCCCAGGGCCGCGUGUGGGCAUGGGGAAGGGCCACGGCCUUGGGGACAGAGAGGACGGACACGGGGACAGUGGCUGGACAGAGGGACAGAGCAGAGGAACAGACACGGCGUGUGGAGGUGCCGCAGGCACCGGGACAGCUCCAGGGGCUCUGCCCGCAGGGAGGCCCCGCGGUGGGCACGGCACGGCCCGGGGGCCAAUAAACCACCUGAGUGUCA